AUGACAUCCCAUUCGACCAUGCCUCGCAAAUUAUGGGAGCACCCUGACCCGGAAUCGACUGAGUUGACACGAUUCAAGCGAACUCUAGAACGGGAGAAGGAUAUCAAACUUCCUGAUUAUCAUUCCUUAUACCAGUGGUCCAUUGCCAACCGCACCGCCUUCUGGAGAUUCUGUUGGAGGUAUUUCCCGAUUGUCCAUGAAGGAAGCUCGGACCAAAUCAUGGACGAAAACGCUCGAAUCGACAGUAUCCCAGACUGGUUCCCUGGCGUCCGUCUCAAUUGGGCCGAGAAUGCUCUAUUUACAGCAAGUAAUCCAGGUGAAAGCCCAUCAAAUGUUACAACGACCGGUAAGGAGGACAAUAAGAUUGCCGUGACCGAAGUCCGAGAAGAUGAAGCCGAGCCAGAAGUAAACCUUACCUGGCGAGAGCUGCGACAACGCACUGGUCGCCUUCUACAAGCAAUGAAAGCGGCUGGAGUCCAACGGGGUGACAGAAUUGCCGUCGUUGCUAGCAACAGCAUCGACACCUUGACUGUUUUAUUGGCGACGACAGCUCUCGGUGCUAUCUUCUCGUCUGCUUCUACCGAUACUGGUGUGAAGGGGAUUCUGGAUCGCCUACUACAGAUCAGGCCCCGUUGGGUCUUUGCAGAUGACUUCACGGUAUACAAUGGGAAAACAACGGACCUCCGUCCUAAAAUCGCCCAGGUCAUUGAUGGCAUGAGUGGAAUCAAAGAAUUCCAAGGUAUCGUCUCGAUGCCGCGGUUCAGAAGCCAGCCGGCAGACAUCAAACACAUUCCGCAAGCUCGCACCCUAGCCGAUUUUCUAGCAGGAGCAUCUUCCGAUCAACUAGAAUUUACUCGCAUCGGAUUCCGUGAGCCUCAUUUGAUUGCAUUUUCUUCGGGCACGACUGGGGAUCCAAAAUGCAUUGUUCAUUCUGUCGGAGGCGUUUUACUAAACAACAAUAAAGAGGGCCGCCUCAACCGAAGCAUGAAUGCGAACGCAACUACCCUUCAAUAUACCACUACGGGCUGGAUUAUGUAUCUUUCGUGUGUUUCGGGAUUGAUUUUUGGGGCUCAUCCCAUUCUCUACGAUGGCAGCCCGUUCUUACCAGAUGCGACUCGGCUACCAAGGCUACUGGAAAAGCACAAAGUAACUCAUUUCGGUACCUCUCCCCGUUGGAUGCACGAAAUGCGGAAGAAUAAAAUCAGUCCGCGCAAAAUCGCCGAUCUCAGUCAUCUGAAAGGGGUCACCAGCACCGGAAUGGUUCUUUCCGAGUCACUAUUUGAGUGGUUUUAUGAUGAAGGCUUUGAAUCACACACUCUACUCGCAAAUAUUUCCGGCGGAACAGACGUUGCAGCAUGUUUUGGCUUGGAGAACCCGAUCUCUCCUUUGUAUGUUGGAGGGUGCCAGGGCCCAAGCUUAGGAAUGCCAAUUGCAGCUUUCGAACAAGCAGAUGAGGAUGCUCAUCUGGUGAAAGGUACUGAGGCGCUCGCCGGUGAGCCUGGUGAGCUGGUUGCAACUGCGGCUUUCCCAAGCAUGCCUGUUAAAUUCUGGGGCGAUCAUGAGGGCAAGAAAUACUUCAAUGCUUAUUUUGCAAGAUUUGACAAUGUCUGGACCCAGGGCGAUUUCAUCGCAAUCAACCCAAAAACACACCAGAUUCUCUUCCUCGGUCGAUCGGAUGGUGUUUUGAACCCUUCAGGAGUUCGGUUCGGGUCUGCCGAGAUCUACAAUGUUAUUGACACCCAAUUCACUAAGGAAGUUGUUGAUUCAAUUUGCGUCGGCCAAAGACGCUCGACAGAUUCGGAUGAGUCCGUUGUCCUGUUUCUUCUGAUGCGUCCGGGACUCAAGCUUGAAUCGCAAUUGGUCACUCGUGUUAAGGAUGCUAUCCGGAAGGCUCUCAGUGCUCGCCAUGUCCCAAAAUAUAUUUUUGAAACACCAGCCAUUCCUGUGACUGUCAACAUGAAAAAGGUUGAGCUCCCUGUGAAGCAAAUCAUUUCAGGCAAAAAGAUAAAGGCAUCCGGCACAUUGCUGAAUCCCGAAAGCCUCAACUUUUACUACAAAUUUGCAGAAGUUGAGAAACUGGUUCCACCUCAAGCCAAGUUGUAG